AAUACAUAUAGCGUUCUUCACUUCAAUGUCAAUAAAAAAAAAUCAUCCGUGCGCAAAGUUGCGAAAGUCUCACUCGACAUCCAAGCGGUGGCCAUAUUGCCUGAAACGUCAUCGGCAGACGUCACAGCGGGACGUUCGCCAUUGAAAACACCCGCUAUGGGAGAGGAACAGCGGAGAUUUUCGGGUUUUCCCCGACGCCCCGUCUAUCAGGGAAGCUCUUUUCGAAGAAGAGAACAUCUCACAAUCGAGGCAAUAUUACCCUAUCGUUUCGAGCCAUAUUUAGAUGAUAUGCGGAUCACUUCUAACUAACAACAGCGUCCCGACAGCGUGGCAGUAUGUAACGUACUCAGCCGCGAGCAAGGACAACUGUGCAAUCCAUUUUUCACGAUGUACCAGGUCUUUUGGAAAGUGUGAAGAGCGAAUCCAUCCUACCGAGUGUUCGAGCGAUAUCCAAGAGUACAACAAGCCGGCAUUUUGGCUAACACGAAGGAACAAAGAGCUAACUUUCCGCAGGUAAAACUGGUGUAAACACACGAACCCGCCUGAGUGGGCGUCAGCUAACGUCACUUCCUGCUUCUUCUCCAAAACAAAUCAAGAGGAUUUUCAUGGCGAGAGUUACAAAAAAACAUAUUUGUCAAAAUCAUGUCGUGUGGUGAAAAAACGGAUGGGUCGAUUCUGGCUGUCUUUUUUUUUUUUUUUUUUCGUGCCAGUAGUCCUUUAAGUAGAACAUUAUAGUGGUAAGGGAGACAUUAUGCAUUUUUUUCCUUUAAAAUAUUUGUCUUAAAUUUCCUAUAAAGUUAGAAAAGAUUUCUCUUAAAUUUGACAAAGCCCAGAGAAGAGUGUUAUUAACGAUCCUGCCAAAUAUGAACGAUUAAAAAUAAGAACACCAACAGCACAAAAUGCAUCUUGAAAGUCCAUCCAUCCAUUUUCUUAGCCGCUUAUCCUCACGGGGGUAUUAUGCCUGCGCAUCCCUUAUAUUGUGCCGGUUCAUUUUACUAAUCACGCCACACCGUCGUCGCCCCCCGCAGGCGGUCGGCGGCCUACAUCGCGUCAGACACUGACGUCAGGAACAAAAUGAAUUCGCACGGCCCGGCCCUCAAUCGCAGCCAGUCGCUGGCGAGCGGCCUGGAGAAGUCGUCGCCCACCUGGACGAAAGCUCCUCACUCCCGGAGCAGCAGCACGCUGUCGUCCCGACACUCGCGGCAGCUGAUCAAAGACUGGGAAGUGGUUGAGGACGUCCAAGUCGAAGCGAACGCCGCCGGGAAGCAUCCUCAGGAGAUGAACACUCCGGGGGUGUGUGAGGGUUACCUUCUCAAGAGGAGGAAGUGGCCCCUAAAAGGCUGGCACAAGCGAUACUUUGUCCUGGAAGGAGGGAUCUUGAGAUACUGCAAAAAUCAACAAGAUGUGUCUAUCGGAAGAGUGCAGGGCUCUCUGGACAUCAGCAGCGCCGUCAUGUCCAUCAACAAGAAGUCCAAUCGGAUCGACUUGGACGCGGGCGACAUUCUGUAUCACAUGAAGGCAAAGAGCCACGAGCUCUUCUACAUUUGGGUGACCAAGCUGCAGGCGCACCGCUCGUACAAGAAGAACGAAGCGGCGGCGCACGGCGCCGUCCGCGACAACGGACACCCGCAGGCGCUCGCGCCCGACGUCGGCUUCCUCUGCGGGCAGCCCAAGUGUUUUGCGCAGGCCUCCGCCAAAGCCGCCGCCGACAGCAAAGUGUCGGCGUGGCUGCAGCAGAGUCCUCCCCCUGACACCUGCGCGCAAGAACUGGACCGUUGCACUUUGGACCUUUCCGAACUGAGCCGGCUGAUCCAGAGGCUGCGGCAGCUGGAGGCGGGCCAGACGUUCACAAACGGGGAACUGCAGCGUAUCAUCAGCACGCAGAACCUUUCCCUGGAGAAGCCGAAGAAGCAAAAGCCGGGAAGAGUUUGGGGUCACUCGCGAACACUCUCCAGAGUUGAAGCGCUGGGAAUGGUGAGAAGACACGUAUGGACAGAAGAAUUGUUAUCCUCCGGCCCCCUAAGCGGCUCCUCCCACUUCGGCGCCUCCGUCCCGUCCAUCCCGGACUACGUCUACUCCCAGCUGUCCCCCCCCAACGCCGUCGCAUCUGCCGAGGGCAAGCAGAUCCAGCGGGACAUCUGCGCCGUGUCCCUGCGAGUCCUGGCGUCUCUCCAAACGGUCCACCACGCCCUGUGCCAAGAGAGGCAGAAGCUGCAGGAAGUCUGGGAAAACAACAACGUCCACCGACCUGACACAGAUGAGGUAAAACCCCCACGAGCUCCCGACCACGCCGUCUCCUGGCGUUUUUUUUUUUUUUACCCCUUCCUGCAGGUGGCAGCAGAGAGGCGUUUGUCGCACAGGCCUCCCUCGGUGGCCGAGUCGACGGCCGAGUAUUUCGACGCCAGCGACGAUUUGCUCUUCGGGAGUUCCUCCGACGUGUCGGACGAGUCGGGACUGAGUGACGGAAGCACGUCCAACUCUGAACCGGAGGAAGGACAUCUAUCCGCCACUCGAAAAUACCGCGCCAGCCUUUCCAGGACCCCUCACAGCAUCGCACCGAAAAGUAGCGGACGCCGAACGACGCUUCCGGCGCCGUGUCCGGACAACAGCCACGUGGGCCUCAUGGCGAUACUCUACAACAACAUCGGCAAAGAUCUGGCUCGCGUGUCCAUGCCGGCCGCCCUCAACGAGCCCGUCAACCUGCUGCAGCGGCUGUGCGAAGAGUUGGAGUACAGCCAGCUGCUGGAUGCCGCUAACGCCACCGCGGACCCCUACCAGAGGAUGGUCUACGUCGCCGCCUUCGCCAUCUCGGGCUACUCCACCGCGACCUUCCGGAGCCGCUACAAGCCCUUCAACCCCGUCCUGGGCGAGACCUACGAGUGCGUGCGGGACGACCUCGGCUUUCGCUUCAUCGGCGAGCAGGUGUGUCACCAUCCUCCUAUUUCUGCUUGCCACGCGGAAUCGGAGAACUUUUGCUUCUGGCAAGACCAGAGGUGGAAGAACAAGUUUUGGGGGAAGUCUUUGGAGAUCGUGCCGACCGGAAUGGUCAACGUGACGAUUCCCAGGUAUGGCGAUCACUACGAGUGGAACAAAGUGGUGACGUGCAUCCACAACGUGCUGAGUCAGCAGCGCUACCUGGAACAUUACGGGGAGGUCAGCAUCCGCAACCUGAAGAGCAAGGCGUGUACCUGCAAGAUCACCUUUGUCAAGUCUCGCUACUGGGGCUCGGAGGCCAACAAGAACGAGGUCCAGGGCACCGUGCUGGACCAGAGCGGCAGCGUCAUCCACCGCUUCGGAGGUCUGUGGCACGAGGGAAUCUUCUGCGACACCCUGCCGACGCCCAAAUGCGUCUGGAAGCCAAACCCCCAACCCAAAGACCACCAGAUCUACUACGGCUUCUCUGCCUUCGCCAUGGAGCUCAACCAGCUCACGGCGGACCUCAAACCUCUGCUGCCCCCUACUGACAGUCGCCUGCGCCCCGACCAGAGGAUGCUGGAGGAGGGCCGAGUGGACGAGACGGACAGGAAGAAAGACGACAUCGAGGAGAUGCAGAGGGAGAGGAGGAAGGAGCUCGCCAAGAAGGGGGAGGAGCACGUCCCGGCUUUCUUCAAAAAAUCGAAAGAUUCUUGCGGGCGCGACGUGUGGCUGACAAACGGAACGUACUGGAAACUUCGAGAGGAUCCCGGAUUUGCCAAGUUCCCGAGUGUGACGCUGUGGUGACGACGUCAACGCACGGAACAAAAUCAAAAAGCACGCGUGAUGCGCGGCGGAGCUAAGCGCGGAUGUGCUGAACCGCUCGCGGACGCCCCUGACCGGAUCAUGGCCGCCCAUCUCCGGUUUCGAACUUUUAUAAAAACACGGCUGUCAUCCCUGCAACUCAGGAUUGAACUCAUUUUAGGGAAAACAAAAACAAAACCAAAAAAAAAAAACACUUUUAACAGGGAACUGUAUGUGAGUAUAAAAAAUGACAUACUAUGGCUCGUUUAUGUUUUAUUUGAAGUGGGAAAAAAAUAAUAACAGUACAAUAAUA